CUCCCACACUGUUUCAGAUGCCCGAAGAGAAGAAGGAGAAACUAUACCGGCGCUCCCGGGGGAACUACAGUGAUGAAGAGAAAGAAGCUGUGCAAGUACAAUGGAUCCGCGAGCUCAUGACGCUGGCCGAUGUGAAUAGUAAUAAGAAAGGUGGUGGCGGCACAAACGAGUUCAGAACUCAGCACCAAAAAGUGAUUGAUAUGGUGCCAGAAAGCUGGAAGGCUCGAAUUGAAAACGUUCCGUUCGUUCCAAAGACAAAGGGAAUCCACGGAGCAGCCAUCGACAAACUCGUUGAGGAGGCUUUGUCACAGGAAGUGGCAGAAGAAUCAGAAGCACCGCCACUUCAAGAUGGAGAAGUUGGAGAAGUACAAGGAGCACCGGAAGCCUUGGCUGCCCCGGCCGCGCCAGCCAUGCCAGCUGCGCCCGCCGCAGCCGUGCCAGCUGUGGCCGAGCCAGCUGCGCUCCCAAAUGCUGAGGCCAUGGAACCGGCUGCUCAUCUUGCUCCUGCUCCUGCUCCCGACCCAGAAGAGCCAGCUUUGAAACGCCGAAGAGAGGAAAGACAGGACCCUGGCCAGCUUGCAGUGCAAGAUGAUGGCGAGGGACCUUGGAAGGUCAUGGUGGCCGCAAUGAGCCAGCAAGCACAAGAGCUGCAGAAGUUGCGCUCGCUGAAGGAACGAAUGGCUCAAAAGAUUGCCACACUGCAAGCUGAAAACGUACGAUUGAAGGAUGAUCUACAAGACGCCAGAGCAGCCCAUGGGGAGGAGAUGCAGAGGUGUCAAAACAUCAGGAAGGAGCACGAACGCCUCCAGGCGCAGAUCAAAUCUCGACAACAGGGAGACAGAGAAGCAUUCAAGAGCAAAUUUAUUGAGUUCGACAGCGAAACUUUGGAAGAAACAUCUGUUGACGUGGGCUCAGGAGGGCAUCAGAAGAUAGGCAACAGCGACAGAUGAGUUUCCUAGGCCUCGAAUGUCGCAGAGCUCAUUGCUUUUGAAAAUUCGCAGAAGUGUACAGAAAAUUCGCAUGUGUGUUUCCAUUCCAUCGGACAUUGCAUUCCAUGGCCGACUUUAGAAGGCCAGAUGGGCAGCGAGUGAAAAAAAACAACAAUUGCCGUGUUUACAUGUGUUUUCCAGCUAAAAA